AUGGGGGAUUUGAGGCAGAAGAUGGGGGUCAUGUCACAGAUGAUAUGCCCAAGUUCACGGGCUUCGUCUGACGAAGACCUAAAGGCCCCAAAAAAUGGGAAAGAAGAGAAAAUGCAGAUGAGGCGAGAAAUCUCCCUCAUUAAUGGAAUCUGCCUCAUCGUUGGCAACAUGAUUGGCUCUGGGAUCUUUGUCUCACCGAAGGGUGUACUCAUGCACAGUGCCUCUUACGGCCUGUCUCUGGUGAUUUGGGCUAUUGGAGGCAUCUUCUCCGUUUUUGGGGCUCUGUGCUACGCAGAACUCGGCACCACCAUCACCAAGUCUGGAGCCAGCUACGCCUACAUUCUGGAGUCAUUUGGAGGCUUCCUGGCUUUCAUCCGCCUGUGGACGUCCAUCCUGCUGAUUGAGCCGGCCAGUCAGGCUGUUAUUUCACUGACCUUCGCUAACUACCUGGUGGAGGCUUUCUACCCCACCUGCCAGCCGCCGUACGAUUCUGUCCGGCUCAUUGCUGCAGCCUGCCUCUGUAUGCUCAUCUUCGUUAACUGUGCCUAUGUGAAAUGGGCCACUCUGAUCCAGGACAUUUUCACUUACGUCAAACUCAUGUCACUCUUCCUCAUCAUCAUUGCAGGAACCCUGAAAUUAUUUAAUGGAGAAACAAAGAGCUUCGAAAGUCCAUUUGAGGGUUCCUCCACAGAUCCCGGAGCCAUAGCUUUGGCCCUCUACUCAGCUCUCUUCUCCUACUCUGGCUGGGAUACACUCAACUUUGUCACUGAGGAGAUUCAGAAUCCAGAGAGGAAUCUGCCCUUGGCCAUUUCCAUUUCCAUGCCCAUAGUGACCAUCAUCUACCUGCUGACAAACGUGGCGUACUAUGUAGUUCUGGACAUACCAUCUCUGCUGGCCAGUGACGCCGUAGCUGUGACAUUUGGGAAUGCAGUCCUGGGGCCGUUCAAGUGGAUCAUCCCUGUUUCAGUGGCCAUGUCCUGCUAUGGAGGACUAAAUGCUUCUAUCAUUGCUGCCUCACGGUUGUUUUUCGUUGGGGCCAGAGAGGGCCACCUACCCAACAGCCUGAGUAUGAUUCACAUGGAGCGCUACACACCCAUACCUGCACUGCUGUUCAAUGGGUUAAUGGGCCUGAUCUUCCUGUGUGUGGAGGACGUGUUCCAGCUCAUCAACUAUUUCAGCUUCAGUUACUGGUUCUAUGUGGGUCUGUCUGUGGCCGGCCUCAUCUACCUGCGCCUCACUCAGCCGGACCGAUACAGGCCUGUGAAGUUGACCUUGUUCUUCCCCUUCAUCUACUGUCUGUGUAGCCUGUUCUUAGUCAUCGUCCCUCUGUACGGAGACACCAUCAAUUCUCUCAUAGGAAUUGGCAUUGCGCUGUCUGGGGUGCCAGUCUACUAUGUGGCCAUUUACCUGCCAGAGGAGAGGAGGCCCAAAUUCAUAUGCAAGUUAAACACCUUUGCCACGAGAUCCAUCCAGAUGCUGUUCUACUGCUGCCUGACUGAGUUUGACACAGAGACAGAAGUACAAGCCGGCAGUAAAAGGCAGUGAGCAACAGACAAAGCCUGCCGUUCAGUAGCCAGCUUUCGGCCGGAGGCCUCAGUCCGUGUUAUCCGUGUUGUGUUUACAUCUGUGUUGACCUCAAGGCCUUUCAUGGAAAGAGCAACAUUUGUGGGGAUUGCUCCUGCCAGGAGAAGUAAAAAAACAAAAGGCUUGACAUCUGAAAUGAUUCAACACAAACGAGCAGGCACUGUGAAAAUGUGAUUUUUUGUUAAACUUUUUUUUUUUUACAGAGAUCAAGGAAUAUCUUCUAUGAGGAUUUAAUGAAACUAAGGGGAAAAUAUGUAGCUCAAACUCACAUUGUAUUUUUCAGACUUGUGUGCAGAUGUAAGCUGGUAACAUUUUGUCUGACACUGUUUAUAUAUCAGAUUAUGAUUAUGUGGCUGGAAUUCAAUCAUGGCAUAGUCGCUAAUUAGCAGAAGAAUUUCUAAUGCUCUAAUUUAUCCAGGGAUAGUUUUAUAGUUUGAUUACAUAUUCAUCUGUGGAAAAACUGUAAAUGUAAAAACAUUGACAUUGUCAAUUUCAACCAAUUAUCUAGGAUUGGUUCCUGAGAAGCUUCACUAUGGAGCAGUUUAAGUUAAGUGCCGUAUAUUUAUUUUUUUACUUAUUUUCAACUUGUUAUUUCAGAACAGGUUUUUAGAAGCAGAGCACCUUGUAAUUCACUCAUUCACCUUUAGCUGACUGCAGCUUCUCCACAAGGAGGAGCUGUUUUAUCUGUGUCAGACCUGUUCUACACAUGCCAACCUGAGCCAAAGUGACAGGACCAUAACAUGUUGCUGUUACUUUUCUUGCCUCUAGGUGGCGCAGGUUGGACUGGAACUGCAGGUCCAGUACUGCUGCACAUUUUAAUUGUCAAAUGAUAAUUGACCAGAAUGGAUGGUACCAUUUAUAAGACGUGAUUUUUGUGCCUCAUACUGUUUUUGGAAAACAGGCAGAUAUAUUUAAAUAAAAGGUAAAACGUUUCC